AUGGCUAUCACCACUGCCAUUCGUUCCAGCCUCGAGGGCCCUUCAACCACAUUUGGAUUCUGGCUCACUUUGCCUAGUGCGGGUGUGGCAAAGACAAUUCUUCACGGCGCUUCUGGUUCCGCAACCAAGUUCAGCUGGGUUCUAAUUGAUGCAGAGCACGGCUUGAUUUCAGAUCAUCACUACUAUGAGCUCAAUAACGCCAUUGGCUCUGAGGAUGCCAGCCCAAUUGUUCGGGUUCCACGUGCGGAGGAGUGGAUGAUCAAGCGUGCUCUUGAUGCUGGUGCCCAUGGCAUUAUGACUCCAAUGUGCCACACUGAGGUGGACGCCGCAAACGUCGUCAAGUACGUCAAGUACCCACCGGUUGGAACCCGUGGCUAUGGACCGAUGUUUGCUCCUCACAGUUUCCCCGGCGUGAACCCUGGACACGAAUACGACGACAACGCAAAUGACGGGUUGACUGUAGCUGUGCAGAUUGAAUCGAGAUCUGGUGUUGAUAAUGUGGAAAAGAUCGCGGCAGUUCCUGGAAUCGAUGUUCUUUUUAUUGGACCGUUCGAUCUUGCCAAGCAGAUUGGUAUUACUCGAGGUAGCGUGGAGCAUGAGGCUGCUAUUCAGCGCAUUUUAGCUGCAGCUCAUGCUGCUGGAAAGAAAGCUGCCAUUUUUUGCACCGAUGGCUCUGAUGCUCAUACCCGAGCAGAACAGGGCUUUGAUAUGAUUUCUGUCAAUACUGAUGUUGGUGUUCUUAGAACUGCCAUGCUGAAUGAAUUGAAGACGGCAAAUGGCGAGCACAUCAGAGCUGAUCCUCGGGAGGGCUACUAG